AUGUUCUUCCGCUUUUUGCAAGCUGCCGGCAGCUCUUCUACCAUCUCCAUCGGUGCGGGCGUAAUUGCUGAUAUUGCCCCAGCAAAGGAAAGGGGUGGCUUCAUUGGCGCCUUUGCUGGAAUCCGGCAGUUCUCCAUGGCCAUUGGACCCGUCCUGGGCGGCGUCCUGGCCGGAACACUCGGCUUCCCCUCUAUUUUCUGGGCGCUCGUACUCCUGGGCGGCUUUGUCGUCAUCCUUAUUGUCAUAUUACUUCCUGAGACGUUAAGAGCGAUUGCAGGCAAUGGGAGUGUGCCACUAACUGGGCCACGCUACGAGCCUCUGUAUCGCAAAUGGGCGCCGUGGCGGAAGGAGGGCGCUGCUAUGUCGACGGAUUCGACGGCCGACAAGGUGCCUGAGAGGAUGACAGUGCGAAUGUUUCUCGAGCCGAUGCUCUUCCUCCUCGAGAAAGACGUUGCAUGCACUCUCUUCUUCGGUGCCGUCAUCUACACCGUUUGGUCCAUGGUCAGCGCGAGCACGACCUUCAUCUUGCUCCACGCCUAUCACCUCUCGACCAUACAAAUCGGCGCGUGCUUCCUCCCCAACGGCAUCGGCUGCGCCAUCGGCUCCACCAUCGCCGGCCGGCAGAUGGACAAGGAGUUCCGCCUGGCCGAGGACUCGUACAAGUACGCGCACGACCUGCCGCGCGACCACAAGCUGCCCAAGUCCGACAUGCCCGCCGACUUCCCGCUCGAGCGCGCCCGCCUCGCGCAGCUGCCGACCAUGACCGUCGUCUUCGCCUUCGCCGUCAUCAUGUACGGCUUCAGCGUCAGCUCCGGCGGCUCGCUGGUCGUGCCGCUGAUGGCCCAGUUCGCGACCGGCUACGCCAGCACCGCCGUCUUGAACUUGAACAACACCCUGACGGUCGAUCUCUAUCCGGGAAAGAGCGCUGCGGCGACGGCGGUCAACAAUCUGGCGAGGUGUUUGCUCGGCGCGAUAGGGGUGAGUUUGACCGAGGUGGCGCUGAAACAUGUGAGCCCGGCGAUCCUGUUCUUGAUUUUGGGUUGCAUCGUUUUUGCAUCUACCCCAAUGGCAUGGGCAGAGUGGACAUACGGUAUGAGGUGGAGGGGACAGAGAAAGGAGAGGAUGAAGAGGAGGCAGGAGGAAGAAACGGGGGCGUGA